UGGGCGCAAUGGGUCAUGUUAAGUUUGGUGGCUCCUCAUCGUUGGUCCAAGAGGCUGGAACAAGGGAGGAAUAUCAGAAACUCCCGGCUCCGGCUUCUGAAGAACCUGCGUGUGGCGGCGAUCCCGCUGGGGGCAAGAGGACGGCGCUCUGUACAUGCUCCAAAGAACUGCCGUCUUUAUUGGCUGGCCAGUGGAGAAGAGGAGCGCUUCUUUUCCCCCUGCCAGGGAGGGGAGGAGGGAGAGGGAGGCGGCGGAGGGGCAGGUGCGCGGGUGGGGUGGGCAGGGCCUCCCUCUCCAGGGACCGAUGGGGCCUUCCUCCUCCUCCUCCUCCUCCUCCUCCUCCUCCCCUUCCUUUUCCUCCCGGGACAGGACCGCGCUUUAAAAGCCCCCAGCGCGACUGCUGAGCAUCUCCCAUCGCCUUGCACCUGCUGCUGCCCUCCAGGUGGGCGCCUCCUCCUCCUCCUCCUCCUCCUCCUCCUCCGUCUCCUUGCCUGUCGCCUCUUCUCUGGGCCUCCCUCCGCCAAGCUGCCCCAUGGACAGGGCAUGAAGAUGGCCAGCAGGAGCCCCGCCGGGAGCGAAGGAGGAGCCGCCUUGGGCGCCGAGGAGCAGGGAGCCCAGCAUCACCGCCGCCGCUAUCCCGAGGAGGAAGAGCAGGAGCCGGGCCGGGCCCAAGAGGGGCUGCUGCUGCCCCGGGCCUUGCCCGCUCUGGGCGCCGGGAUCAAGGCAGAAAUUCAUUUUAGCAGUGAAGCCCUGUCUUCAGAAGAGGAGAAUGGAGAGACCCAUGAAAGAAAGAUAACAUCUCUCAACAAACAUUUGGCUCCAAAGAAAACCAUCACUCAGAUUAUGAAGGAUAAAAAGAAGCAGACUCAGCUCACCUUGCAAUGGCUUGAAGAGAACUAUAUUGUAUGUGAAGGAGUUUGUUUGCCAAGGUGCAUCCUGUAUGCACAUUACCUGGAUUUCUGCAGGAAGGAGAAACUUGAACCUGCCUGUGCUGCAACGUUUGGCAAGACUAUUCGCCAAAAGUUUCCUCUUCUCACCACAAGACGCCUGGGCACAAGAGGCCAUUCAAAAUAUCACUAUUAUGGAAUUGGCAUCAAAGAAAGCAGCGCAUACUAUCAUUCUGUGUAUUCUGGGAAAGGUUUGACAAGGUUUUCUGGGAGCAAGAUGAAGAAUGAGGGUGGAUUCACCCGGAAAUAUUCCCUGAGCAGCAAAACAGGAACACUUCUUCCAGAAUUCCCCAGCGCUCAGCAUCUUGUUCUGGACAGGUGCAUCUCUAAAGAAAAGGUAGACACCCUUAUCAUGAUGUAUAAAACCCACUGCCAGUGUGUCCUUGACAAUGCAAUUAAUGGCAACUUUGAAGAGAUCCAGCAUUUCUUGUUACAUUUCUGGCAAGGAAUGCCUGACCACCUUCUUCCCCUGCUUGAAAACCCUGUGAUCAUUGACAUCUUCUGUGUUUGCGACUCUAUACUAUACAAGGUUCUGACAGAUGUCCUAAUUCCUGCAACUAUGCAAGAGAUGCCAGAAAGUUUAUUGGCUGAUAUUAGAAGUUUUGCUAAAAACUGGGAACACUGGAUUGUUUCAUCACUAGAAAAUUUACCAGAAGAUCUCACAACAAAGAAGCUACCAAUUGCACGAAGAUUUGUAUCUUCUCUGAAGCGACAAACAUCUUUUUUGCACUUAGCCCAGAUUGCUCGACCAGCUCUUUUUGAUCAACACAUUGUGAAUGCCAUGGUUGCUGAUAUUGACAAAGUUGAUCUCUACAGUAUUGGGACUCAGGCAUUGCUUGCAGUUUCUGGAAGCAUGGACUCAGAUGGGGAGAGCUACAUUGAAUAUGACUCUAUUACAGUGUUUCAAGAACUGAAAGACCUUUUAAAGAAGAAUGCCACUGUGGAGUCAUUUAUUGAAUGGCUGGAUACUGUGGUUGAGCAAAGGGUUAUCAAGGCAAGCAAACAGAAUGGCCGAUCACUAAAGAAGAGGGCACAAGACUUUCUUCUCAAAUGGAGCUUUUUUGGAGCUCGUGUUAUGCACAAUCUCACUCUGAACAAUGCAUCAAGCUUUGGUUCAUUUCAUGUAAUCCGCAUGCUUUUAGAUGAAUAUAUCUUGCUUGCCAUGGAGACCCAAUUCAACAAUGACAAAGAACAAGAACUCCAGAACUUAUUGGACAAAUAUAUGAAGAAUCUGGAUGCCAGUAAAGCUGCUUUUACAGCAUCUCCUAGCUCUUGUUUCCUGGCCAACCGCAACAAGGCUGGUACAAUUUCUAAUGAUGCUUCAGUGAAAAAUGAAUGCCUUUUGGAGCAAACCUACUUCCCUGUGUCAACCAGCCAACUCAGUGGCAUAUCUUCUAGUCUGAACCCCUUUGCCAUAGGGAACAAUGAGAAUAUGCAGCUGACAGGUCAAGUGGAUCAUUCUCAUAGUGCUGAACAUCUCAUGACUCCACCCAUUUCUCCUGCCAUGGUCAGUCGAGGAAGUGUGAUCAACCAGGGACCCAUGGCUGGCAGGCCUCCAAGUGUGGGCCCACCACUGCCUACACAUUCCCACUGCUCCUCAUAUUCGGAACCCCUUUAUCAGACACACGUGCCACAAACUAACCAAAACUUCUAUGGUGUUGGUUAUUCAGCCAUGUUCAGACCCCAGGUGCAUUCAUCCUCUGGAGCCUAUCAACAGCAUAGGGUGGAGCCCAGCCACUUGACAGCCACGAAUGAGCAACAACGCUUCUCCAGAGACUACUUCAGCAGUAGCUGUGCAGUGUCUCCCUACAGUACCAGGUCACCUUCUCAGUAUGGAUCCUCUUCAAGUGUGCAGGACACACACAGCGUGCAGUACUUGAACAGUGGGGGCUACAAUUUUAUGAACAAUUCUGCAACCAAUUCUUGUCAGGCCUCAUCAUAUUCCUCAACUGCUUCCAAUGGUUUCUAUGGAAACAAUAUAAACUAUUCUGAAUCCCACAGACUUGGACCUAUGGUAGAUCAGCAUGUUUCUGUUAUCAGCAGCAUAAGCAGCAUCCGACCCCUGCCUCCAUACAGUGACAUUCAUGAUCCACUCAGCAUCUUAGAGGAUACUGGAAGGAAACAGGGAACACCCUAUUACUCAGAUGCCUCCAUAGCAUGCCGAAACCAUAUCAAUUCAGAUAUGCAGCCUGCUCUGUCUGCAUCCUCCUCCCAAUGUAUGUAUGGGCAUUCUAGACAGUGUCCUUCUCAGGAAACAAUGGACUCUUCUGGUCAAGGCAGCAGUGAGAUGGUUUCAUCCUUACCACCAAUCAACACUGUCUUCAUGGGAACUGCUGGUGCUGGAGGCACCUAAGUUAUAGAAGUAGCUGCAUUUCUUCUUACUGAAAUGCUUCCGCCUGUGAUGACUGGAAUGGAAAAGUGGACAAGUAUUACAUGCUCACCCAAGAUUUACGUACAGUAGAGUCUCACUUAUCCAACACUCGCUUAUCCAACGUUCUGGAUUAUCCAACGCAUUUUUGUAGCCAAUGUUUUCAAUAUAUCAUGAUAUUUUGGUGCAAAAUUCGUAAAUACAGUAAUUACUAUGUAGCAUUACUGCGUAUUGAACUACUUUUUCUGCCAAAUUAGUGGUAUAACAUGAUGUUUUGGUGCUUAAUUUGUAAAAUCAUAACCUAAUUUGGUGUUUAAUAGGCUUCUCCUUAAUCUCUCCUUAUUAUCCAACAUAUUCGCUUAUCCAACGUUCUGCUGGCCCGUUUAUGUUGGAUAAGUGAGACUCUACUGUACUUCUGAUUAGACAUGUAUUAGUUUGCACUACUAUAAGACUGUAUUCUUUCCCCACUUUUCUUUUCUUCUCCUCUUUUCUUUUUCCCUUUCCCCCCAUUUUUCCUUUUUCUUUCCCUUUCACCCUUUCUUUUGUUUUCUUUUGGAUGGCUAAAGCCAGUAUGCUCCACCAUUUGUGAUUUUGCACUGGCAAUCCAAAUAUUAUGGUCCAUAAUUACAAGGAGAAGGAGGAGAGAAGGAAGAAAGGAAGAAAAGAACAGAGUUCUUCUGAUAUCUCCUUAUUGAAAUACUUUUUCUGUCCCUCUUAUAUACUUUUUGUUAAAUGUAAAAACAAUUAUUUAAUAGAUGUGGUUUUCUUUAUUUAUUGAGACUGCGGAGUUGUUUACAUGAAGUUCUGUUGACCAGAUUGUCAAAAAUAUGUGUUCUACCUCCCACAUGAAUGUUUACAAGGCUUUUUUUAAAAAAAAAAAAUAGCUUCAGACCAGUCUAGACCAAGCUUACAUUUUCCAGUCUCAUAGAUUAAAGAGCUCAUUUCAAGUGG